CACCUGUUCAACUCUACUAAGUUUAGUUAACAUGGGCUCCUUAGGGCAAAUAAUCCUCUUUACAGUGCUCCUCACACCAAAGGCACACACACUUCCAGCGGAAUAUGGUAAAGAUGCAGAUGCAGGUGAAUUACGGGAGGACAUUCUUGAAAUUAAUUUAGAAUCCCAAAGAGAUUUGUUUGAGGGAGAUAUUGCUGGGGAUCCAAGAAGAAAUGCCAUACUGGAUGAAACAAAAAGAUGGAUAUUUCCCAUUCCAUACAUCCUCACAGACAGUUUGGAUCUUAAUGCAAAAGGAGUGAUCCUUCAAGCAUUUGAAAUGUAUCGUCUUAAGUCUUGUGUGGACUUUAAGCCCUACGAAGGAGAAAGUUCCUAUAUUUCUUUCACCAAGCUUGACGGAUGUUGGUCAUUUGUGGGAGAUUUAAAGACGGGUCAGAAUGUCUCCAUAGGAGAUAGAUGUGACACCAAAGCCAUUGUAGAACAUGAACUUCUCCACGCGUUGGGUUUCUACCACGAGCAGUCCCGUUCAGACAGGGAUGACUAUGUUAAAAUCUGGUGGGACCAAAUAAUUCCAGGAAAGGAGCACAAUUUCAAUAAGUAUGAGGACGAUUUUAUAACAGAUUUGAACACACCCUAUGACUAUGAGUCCAUCAUGCACUACAGACCUUUAUCUUUUAAUAAGGAGCCUGAUAUUCCCACCAUAACCACCAGCAUCCCUUCUUUCAAUAACGUGAUCGGACAACGCUUAGACUUCAGCGCUCUUGAUCUGGAAAGACUCAACCGCAUGUAUGACUGCACUGCAACACACACUCUUCUGGACCAGUGUGCCUUUGAACAGAUCAACAUUUGUGGAAUGAUUCAGUAUGAAGACGACGAUGCAGACUGGGUCCACACUUUAGGUUCAACAGAAAUUAAAGACCACACUCUUUCAGGACAAUGCCGAGAUGCCGGAUAUUACAUGAAAUUUGAAACUGCUAACAAAACUGAGGGCCACAGUGCUCUGUUGGAGUCACGGAUUCUGUAUCCCAAGAGGAACAGACAAUGCCUUCAGUUCUUCUACAGGAUAAGUGGAGGCCCCGAGGUCCAACUCGCCAUUUGGGUUAGAACGGAUGAUGGAACCGGAUCUGUUCACAAAGUCAAUAGAGUUCACACAAUCAGAGGGGAUGAUGAUGAAUCAUGGAAGAUUGCACAUGUCACUCUAAAUGUUGAGGAAAAGUUCAGAUACUUCUUCCAGGGUAUUGCAAACUCCACCAAACCUGGGGGAGGAAUCUUUAUAGAUGACAUUACUCUGACUGAGACAUCUUGCCCAACUGCUGUCUGGAGGAUCCAGAACUUCACCAACCUGCUUAAAACGACUUCACAUGGUGACGGAAUUCAGAGCAAACCGUUUAAUAACUCUGAGGGUUAUCCGUUUGGAAUUACUGUCUAUCCGAAUGGCAGGCUAAACUCAUCUGAGGAGUUUGUCGGGAUCACCUUUCAUCUCUUCAGUGGUGAGAAUGAUGCAGUCUUGGAGUGGCCAGCAAUGAAUCGACAGGUCACAAUCACGACUCUGGAUCAGAAUCCAGAUGCAUUGCUUCGAAUGUCUAACAGCAGAAGUUUCACCACUGAUGAUGGCACGUUGUGGAGGAAACCAUCUACUGGUGAAGAAUGGGACGAGGACUGCAAUUGUUACAGAGGACCAGAGUUUGGAUGGAGUACUUUCAUCUCACAUGAUCAGCUUCACAGAAAAGACUUUAUCAAGAAUGAUGACCUAAUCAUUACUGCUGAUUUUGAUGAUUUGACACAUCUCAUAAAAUCAGAAGUACCAGUCAAGCCCAAACUUUCAAUUUUCAGCCAAACUGUAGAGGAAAGCAUUGGGAACCCAAAAGUUCGGAGGGCACGUGCACUCGUCGACCCAUGUCAACCCAAUCCUUGCUAUAAUGGAGGCGCAUGUGUCAAUAUUCAAGGGAAAGCGACAUGCAGGUGUAUAUCUGGACAAGCCAUUGUAUACAUGGGCGAUAACUGUGAGAAACAGCAGAUUGAUGGAGGAAUUCUGGGUGUUUUGAUAGGGGGGGUUGCAGGCACGUUAACACUUACUGUUAGUAUUAUUGCUGUUAUCUACAGACAGUAG